AUGUUGUGUAUGUCUCUUUAUUGUGUGGUUGCGAUAGGGAAGGGUUGACGUUGCGCACGCUUGUGACUAUCGAUUUCGAAGCAUGGCCACUGACAAUUUAACUGCAGUGCUGUAUAAAGUGAAUGAUCUAAGGCUUGAACAGCGACCAAUUCCAGAACCAGAUGAUGACCAGGUGCUCCUGCAGAUGGCUUGUGUUGGAAUAUGUGGGUCAGAUGUCCACUAUGUUGUCCAGGGUAGGAUUGGGGACUUCAUAGUCAAAGAUCCAAUGAUAAUGGGUCAUGAAGCAAGUGGCAUUGUUGCAAAAGUUGGAAAGAAUGUGAAGCAUCUAAAGGAAGGAGAUCGGGUGGCCAUCGAGCCAGGGGUGCCUUGCCGAAUUUGCCGGUUUUGCAAGGAAGGAAAGUACAACCUGUGUCCUGAUAUUGUGUUCUGUGCCACUCCACCAGUGCAUGGCAACUUGUCCCGCUAUUAUGUCCACGCAGCCGACUUCUGCUACAAAUUGCCUGAUCAUGUUUCCCUUGAAGAAGGGGCACUUCUGGAACCCUUGUCUGUAGGAGUGCAUGCCUGUAGGCGAGGUGGAGUUGGACUGGGGAGCACAGUUCUUAUCACUGGAGCUGGUCCUAUUGGGAUGGUUACUCUUAUCACAGCAAAGGCCAUGGGAGCUGCAAAAGUACUUAUAACAGACAUUGUUGACCACCGCCUUGGAGUUGCCAAAGAGUUGGGUGCCGACUACACUUACCUGUCAACAGUUGGUGAAGAUGAACAGGAAGCAGUGAGGACAGUGCAUUCCUUGCUGGCUGAACCCCCUGAUAUCUCUAUUGACUGCAGCGGUGCUGAAGCCAAUAUUCGGCUAGCAAUUCUUGCUACUAAGUCUGGUGGUGUGGCUGUAAUUGUUGGAAUGGGAGCACCUGAAGUGAAGAUCCCAUUGGUCAAUGCUCUUGCGAGAGAAGUUGAUAUCCGAGGAAUCUUUCGUUAUGCUAAUGAAUAUCCAAUUGCCUUGUCCAUGGUGGCGUCAGGUGCUGCGAAGGUGAAACAGCUCAUUACGCACAAUUUCAGCCUUGAAGACACAAUCGAAGCUUUUGAAGUUGCCAAGACAGGUGUUGGCAAUCCUAUAAAGGUGAUGAUCCAUCCACUCAAAGAAAGGGCAUAACCCAUACAUAACAAAUGCCCUCAUAUUUUAAAAAUAAAAUAUUAAUUGGAGGUUUUAUUCAUAUUAGCUGUUUCCACAAGUAAGAAGGUUGUCAGAAAGGUUGUGGUUAUUUUAUAAAAUUUAUAUCACAUGGUUUUAUUACUACAUUAUACUGAGUAAAGAGCCUUUUUUAUACACUA